CAUAGAGCAGUUGAAAGGUAGUUGUACAGCUGACACAAAGGACUAGUUUAAUGAUGUGGAACUGCUUAUUUUUAUGAGCUAAUUAGUCGGGUUUCGGUGAAAUGGACCCGGCGCACAGAGCUGUCCUCCGAAAACACCGACUGGAGCUGUCCGGCCAGCUUCUGGUCAGCGAAACCAUCGUUCCGUUUCUGUACCAGGAGGAGAUUUUAACGGACGCGCAGGUGGAGGACAUCGAGUCCCGAUCCACGGAGAGACAGAAGACCCUCCGGCUCCUGGACCUCCUGCCGAGCCGCGGGCCCCGGGCCUUCCAAUCCUUCCUGGGGUCCCUGCAGGACUUCAGUUGGGUCCGGGACCGACUGCUGCAGGAGCUCCAGACCCCACCUGAACCCGGACCCAAAGACGCCUGUUGGCUCCCGGAAUCGGUUCUACAGCGGGUUCCCUCAGAUCGAGAGUUGUCCCAGCUGGCGUUGCGGCUCGGUGCCGAGUGGGAAUCGGUGCUAUUGGAUCUGGGUCUGUCGGCAGAGGUGCUGUUUCGAUGCCGGUCCGAUCACAGCCUUAGUUCUCAGGCGGCGGCACUCGCUGGGCUGGUGCAGUGGAGGCGGGCUGAAGGGAAGCGAGCGACAGUGGAGAGGCUACUGCAGAGUCUGCAGAGCGCUGGCAUCCAUUCAGCAGUCCUGGAAGACGUUCUGAACGUUUCUUCGUAAUGCAGAGAGACGCAUUUCAAAUGACGAAAAAGACUGAAAUCUGAAAUAUAAUAUUAGGGAAAAAUAUACAUUUUUACACUUUUGUUCAAGUUUUGAAGUGUUUUCAGGAUAUAAAUCAGAAAAAUCAAAUUUAGAACAAACUGAAGCAGCCAAAGACUAAAAUGUGCCUUUAUUGCUUGUGUCUGUGGGGUUUUAAACUUUUUACAUAAAACUGAUGUGUGAUGCUAGAAUCCUUUUAUUAAACUUUAUAUCCAGAGAACACAUCUUUAGAUGAAUACUUUGUAGAAAAUCAACAAUAUGAAACAAAAAGAGUAAAUUUGUGGCAUAAAUAUCAACUCAUGACAGGGAUUAAAGUUCAGUCUGAGAUUAGAUUAUGUUUGAAGAUAAAAAAGUCUGGAUUCUGAGGGACUUCAUUUCAAAUGUGGAAGCAGAAAGUCUGACAGAAAGAGCAGAAAUGUAAAGACAGAACUUGAGAUUUAAAUCCUGAGUUUGUUCUGAAGUGUGUAAAGUGACAGGAUGAUGUUUCUUCAUGGAGCUGAAUCAUCAGCAUACAGGAGCAUCCUCACCUGCUCUGCUUCAUGCUUCACUCAUUGUUGCAGAGGCCCAGGAUCAGAGACCGAAGGAUUACUGUGAAAUGUGAGUCAUGCUGAGCUGGUCUGUCAGCUGGAAGUGAACAGAAUAAGUUACUGUGAUGAAGCAAUGCACUAUCCCUAUAAAUCCUGAUCAAAUAAAGUUGGACUGAACUUUUUCCUGAGAAAUUAAAUCAAAUGUUUCCUGUAAAAA